AUGGUCGCACUCUCGGCCCUCGGCACAUUCCUACUUGCCGCCAACCUCACAUCCUUUGACCCAGCGACUGCUCGUCCCAGUGACGACGACUUCACGAACCGCGACAAGAUCAUCUUUGCCGUCCGUGCUGAUUUAAAGGGCGGCCGAUUUGCGUCUGCCAAGCCUGUGUCCAACGUCACGUUUCCCGUCGCCGACGUCGCGUCGACUGUGUACAUCUCGCAGGAGAGCUACAUGCGCGCCAUCGACACUGCCAAGCCCGACAACACCACGCGCAACUUUGUCAGCUCGCUCCUCUAUGCUCGUAGCGGCGUGCCUCGCGUGUGCGCCCACAGCAUUUACGGCACAACGAUUCUAAACACAUCGACCGAGUACCAGUUCGCAGACAAGACCUCGACGAUCAAGCCGCUUGCAGCCAAACUCGCCACGACCACGUCGACGACGACGGAGCUCGUCGGGUCUCGCUCGUUAAGCCAGCUUGUGUUUCGCAUCGAGUCGGGCUGCUUGGGCUAUGCGACAUUUGCGUGCAACUUGGACGACGCGUCCGGCACUGUUUCGCUUCGCAUUGGCGUGGCGCUCGCCGAGUACGUGGAAUUGAACCCGGCGUCCUUCAUGGCGUUGUGCAGUGGCCAAUACAACGUUCGCCCGAUUCGAAUCAACCCCAACUACAACAUUGCGUUUACAGUACCGACGGGCAACUGGGCGACACAGUCGAUCGCGGACGAUGCCAAGAUCUUCUUUCGCUACAAUGCGCCAGCGGUGACGACGCCACCCGCGAGAACGACGGCAGCGACAAGCACGGUGCCACUGACAACGACGACGAGUAGCAGUCCGACGGAGCGCCCAGUGACGACGGUACCCGCUGCGACAUCGGCCACCACUCUCGUGUCACUCGCCACGAGCGUCAUUGGCCUUGGCGCGACCUUUCUCGUUCUCUAA